GUUUGUAGCUUUUUCUGUUUACAAGUUGUGGCAUCGACCUAUAAUUAAACGACGACUGACUGCACCAUUGAAGCCUGCCAUGGCUCGAGACAUUCCUCAGCAUGCUCUGGUGGUUGGCGGAUCAGCUUGCACUACAGCAAGUGCAGCUCAGUCCGAGGCUGCACCUCAUACUAAUCACAGGACGCAUAGCAAUCCAACGCACUUUGGCUCUACAAGUGGAAUGUAUUCAUAUCAACACAGCCACUCCACCAACUCUUUGCCGCUUCAACCACUUUUGCCCUUGACUACACCUCAGAGUGUCUCGUGCACCACAGCCACUAUGUCCCACGAAUCUACCACGGCCUGCUCACCGCACUCUGUUUCGGCUCCGUUUAAUUCGGUCGUCUGUCCGCAAGGCACCCGUCAAUGGUAUCCUGCCUUUUUUCAAGCCGUCCAUACUGUUCUAUCCAAAUCUGGCUGCUCGCUUCCUCAUAUUCUCAUUGCCCUGUUGUAUGUGGCUCGACUGCGUCAACUUGUUCCUGCAAACAUCACUGGCGAAGGCUCUGAAUACAGAGUUUUUGUUUCUGCCCUUAUCCUGGCCCAAAAAUUUCAUUCUGAUGAUCGCUACUCCAAUAGAGCUUGGGCCGCCAUUACCAAAUUGCCACUUGUUGAAAUCAACACCAUGGAACGCGAGUUUUUGCUCAGUAUUGGUAAUCGCUUGCAUGUACGCGAUACUGACUACUCCAAAUGGGAAGAGACCAUCCGAGUCUUGGGUCAGGAGCAUUCUGUUGCUCAGGCUGCUGCUCAUCUACAUCAGCUGGAAUUUUCUCAUCCUUCAAAAUAUCCACAAACUAAUAAUGGCCUGCUUGGAGUGAAUAGAUCCGCUUCCCAUAUGCAAUAUGACAACCCAUUGGCGAAUGAGGAUGACUUGUUUGAGGCAGACUCUGUUUCUUCUCGAAGGGCUCACACUUUUCCACGUCACAGUCAGGGAAACUUGUCCUAAUUUUGUUUAUUCGAUCCCUCAACCCUCCACUUUUUAUUCAAUACGUGGCUACCUCUUUAAUGUCCCUUUUUAUCUUACUUGCAUAUCUUGUUUAUAAUCCUUAUAGAUCUGUCUCCAUAUUUAAAUCAUUGCUGAUUUGACUACAAACUGAAACCUGGCCGUUUUCCUAUUCUUGUCUAAACCAUCCAGCUUUAGCUAUGGGUGUCAAAACCAAUAGCUCAAUCCAUUCUAUUUUUAGUCUAGUCAAUGACAAAUACAUUUAUGGGAUCCACUUGUGUAUAAUUUAUUUUAUGGGGCAACCCUAAUUUUUAGCUGUAUUCACGCAAGCAAAACACUUGCAGUUACUUUUGCUGUGGAACAAUGGUUAAACGUUUAUUGCGCUUUCUUGUAGAUUAACUGCUUAUUCGAUAGACGAGGUUCAUCAUAUAAUGCACACAGGAUUCACCUAUUGCUUAAACUGUAAUUAUUCCACUCUUGACAUGGCCAUUGUCGCACCAUCGUUGUAUUCAUUCAACUAUGGGGUUCAGCUGUUGUCAAUGCAACUCAGCUCAAAGCGGAUUAUCUUGUCCAGUAAAUUU